AUGGAGAACAUGACGGAGACGAAAGAAUUUAUCUUACUGGGCUUGACUGAUUCCCGAGGACUUUGGCCUUUCCUCUUUCUUCUAUUCCUGCUGUUCUACCUGGUCACUGUGUUAGGAAAUAGCCUCAUUGUAUACCUCGUCCUGGCUGAGCCUUGUCUCCACACACCUAUGUAUUUCUUCCUUAGCAAUCUUUCCUGCUUGGACAUUUGCUACGCCACUGUCACCGUGCCCAAGAUGCUGGCUGGCUUUUUAUCGGGGCCGCAGCCUAUCUCGUUUAGUGGGUGCCUGGCCCAGCUCCAUUUCUUCCACUUCACAGGUAGCAGCGAAGGUGUUCUUCUGGCAGUCAUGGCUUACGACCGCUAUGUGGCUAUCUGCUACCCUCUGCGCUAUACCAUCAUUAUGAACAAGCAUGUCUGCCUGACUCUUGCUGUAGCCACUUGGUCUACGGGAUUCUUCCAUGCACUGGUACACACAGUGAUGACCUCCCGGCUGCACUUCUGUGGCCCUAAACAUGUCCAGCACUUCUUCUGUGAUGUCAAGCCGCUCCUGAGAUUGGCCUGCAGUAGCAUCCAGCUGAACAUCAGCCUUCUCAACAUUGUCACAGGUUCACUUGUCAUGACUUCUUUUUUCCUCACGCUUCUCUCCUAUCUCUACAUCAUCCCUUUUCUCUUCCUGAAGGUUCAGUCGCACAAAGCAAGAUUGAAGGCCUUCUCCACCUGCAGCUCCCAUCUCACAGUUGUAGUUUUACUCUAUGUGCCUGUUCUGUUCAACUAUUUGUCCCCCUCCUCAGGAGAGUCAUUACAGCGGGAGAUGAUAUCUACCCUCAUGUAUAAUGUAGGUGUCUCAGUACUGAACCCCCUGAUUUACACCUUGAGGAAUAAGGAGAUGAAAGAUGCCAUAAGGAAAACUGUCAGAAAAAUAUGCCUUGCCAAAAUGUGA